CACUUAUCAUGGCAAAUAACAUUCAUAACAUUUCCACUCCUUCCUGCCAGGAAGCAAUGAACUUGGUGUGCAUUGAGAAGACUAUUCCUGGCUCUUAUUCCUUGUCAAAAAGUUCUUCAGCUCUGCCCUGUAGUAGUCUUGGAGGUUCACAGACAAAACCAAAGAUGCAUAAAAGCCUUAACAGCAUUCCUUGUGUGCCCAAGUGUAAUGAGAACAGCAUUCAGCAUUCACAUAGCUCCAGCUUGUCUUCUACCCAAGACACAGCAGCUGAUCCGUGUCCAACAACAACAAGCUGCAAUCGUCUUUCUGUAGAAAAAGCUGAAGAGAAGACACCGCAGAAGAAUCAUUAUCUGUCUGCAGACUCCUCUCUAGCUACUACAGAGCCAGAGAUCACACAGAGCUUUGCCAGAUACAAUGUUUCUGAAAAUAUUUCACUGCUAGGGCGCUCAGAAAUAUCAAUGUAUGAAGCUGAAAGCCUUGAAAAGUUGGAUACCCCAAGCAUGAUGGUCCAGAAGAGCUAUUCGGAUUACUGCUGUGGCCGUAGAAAUUCAAGGCCUCGUUCUGUCAAAGUACACAAUAAAAUCAGUGCCACAUAUUUAAAUCUAUCCUCAUCCAGCAGCAUCUCUGGAUCUGGUAGUGACAGGACUUGCAAUCUCAGUAAUCUGGACUGGGACAUUCUGUUUGUGAUCCAGGCUCACUGA